AUAUGCCAAUAUAUGUGUGGUAUCAGUUUUUCUACAUAUUCACAACCAGACUGAGGUCUGAGCUUUGACUUGGCUGUUCCAACACAUUCAGGUUCUUGGUUCUGAAUCCAGUCUAGUUUUGGCAGAACGCUUAAGCGUAGAGUGCAAUGCAUAAUUUUAGCCCCAAUUUCCCAGUUGUCAACAAAUUUUGGGGCUCAACAACUACUACCCCCUCGCCACGUUCCUGACUCGGUGCCAACUCACUGCAACCACUUGGGUAUUGUGAACAGUUCAGUGAGGUUCUGAUAUUUGUCUGAUUUUCUGGCCGAUGAAUUCAGCAGUGUGAGCACCUCUGAGACUAGUACAGAUUGCUGGACUGACCACAUGAUUAUGUCCAAACUCCACAUGACAGUUUGACCAUCUUUCUGACUGCAAAUGACCAGCAAGAGGUGGCUACCUUGUGCCCAGCUAAGGGCAAGUGAAGCUAGAGAUGAGUUUUGGCUCUCCUUAGAUGAGAAUCUAAGGGAGAUUGUACCAUCUUUGACUUCAGCGUCCAUGGCUCAACAGUGGGAUUCUAUAAGCUCUGCAUUUAAUAAGGCAGCAGCCCAGAAUCAGCUACUGAGGCAAAAAAUGUCAAGAUUUUGAUAAGGUUUAAUGAGAAGUCAGAGACCAUCCUCUGCUUGCUGGACAAUAUGUAUAAAGCACAUACACUGCAAAAUGGUAUUUUAGCAAUGAAAAUUAUCUGAUGACUAUAUUCAAGAUAUUUUCAUUUGCUGUCAUUUUUUCAGAGUGUAGGACAUCCUUGAACAAACUGUCAUCCAAGGCCCUCAGGCAGCAGUGGCAUAAAGCUUGCAGGGAGGUACAACUGCUUUCAAGAGACUAUCCACCCUCUUCAGCUGUGAAGUCUGACCAGGUACUGCAAUGAAUGGACGAAAAAUGCAAAACUCUGGCCUGGUCUUGCUCACCAUGGUGGUAGCCUCAGUCUAUACUGGGAACAUUCUGGUCUUCCCUGUGGAUGGCAGCCACUGGGUCAACAUGAAAAUCUUGAUUGAGGCUCUUCAUGCGAGAGGUCACAAUGUCACAGUCAUACGACCUUCGGACAGCUGGUACAUUGAAGAAAAGUCCCUGUUUUACACUUCCAUCACUUUACCAAUCAAAGGGAACUUUGAUCAAGAAUUCUUUCAGAGUGCUAUAAUUAGGCUCUUGGAAAUUAAAAGGGAGGGUUCCAUGUGGACUCGUCUGAAACUCGAGAAGGAGAUGUUGGACAAAGCAGUUGAAAUGGUGGAGAAUGAGAGAAAAUUGUUGAUCAGCAUUACUGAAGAUCAGGAACUAAUGCAGUCCCUAAGAGAUGCCAAAUAUGACGUGUUUAUUAGUGACCCUGUUUUAAUGAGUGGUGUCAUGUUAAGUCAUUAUCUCAAUCUGCCACUUGUACUUAAUGUUCGGUGGACCGUAUAUAACGAGGGACAUUUUGCAAUCGCUCCCUCACCACUUUCUUAUGUACCAUUUCCAAUGAUAGAGCUGUCAGACCAAAUGAGCUUUUUCGAGAGAGUGGUAAAUGUUGUCAUGUACAUUGUAACUGAAUUACAGGUUAAGUAUUUUAUAGCUUCAAAAUACAAUGAAUUGUGUAAUCAGCUAUUUGGUCCAGGAGUAGACUUUGUUGAGUUAGUUCAAGGAGCAGAUCUGUGGCUGUUCAGAGUCGAUUUUAUCUUUGAAUUUCCACGCCCUACGAUGCCAAAUGUUAUCUACAUUGGUGGUUUCCACUGCAAACCAUCCAAACCUCUUCCACAGCAUCUUGAGGACUUUGUGCAGAGCUCUGGUGAACAUGGCAUCAUUGUCAUGUCUCUGGGAACUUUGGUUGGUCAGCUUCCUCAUGAUGUAGCCAAUUUGAUAGCUGAGGCUUUUGCAGAGCUUCCACAAAAAGUUAUUUGGAGAUAUAAAGGGGAAAGACCUUCCACAGUUGGGAACAAUACCUUAAUAAUGGACUGGAUACCACAAAAUGAUCUCCUUGGCCACCCUAAGACCCGCGUGUUUGUAGCUCAUGGUGGAACCAAUGGAAUUCAGGAAGCUAUCUAUCAUGGCGUUCCUCUAAUUGGUUUUGGACUCGUCUGGGAUCAGCCUGACAAUCUUGCCAAAAUGAGGGUGAAGGGAGUGGCAAAGAAUGUCAAUUUUGCAACUGUGGACAAAGACUCCUUCCUUUUAACUUUGAAAGAAGUUCUCAAUAACCCUUCAUACCGGGACAAUAUGCAAAGACUCUCCAGACUCCACAGAGAUGUUCCAGUAAAACCAUUAGGCAAUGCUGUCUUCUGGAUUGAGCACACGAUGAGGCAUGGUGGUGCAGCUCAUCUACGAACAGAAUCGUACAAAAUGCCCUGGUAUUCUUACCACUCCGUAGAUGUGUUACUCUUCCUGCUGUCUGUUCUUUCAUUUAUUGCCUUCACCUCAUUUGCAAUCAUCAGAUAUGUCUGCUAUAGGCUGUGUAUGAAGAAAAAAAACAACUAAACUAGAAUACGCUUUACUUAAAAAUAUCAGAGAACCCACCUUAAGCAUAAGACUAACUGUUUAGAAUAGAAUAGAAAAGAAUAGACUAGAAACUGUAUGGCCAAAAGUAUGUGCACCCCGACCAUCACACUCAUAUGUGCUUGUUGAACGUCUCACUGCAGAUUUAUUCCCGUGUGUUUGCUGUUAUAAUGAGCUCCACUCUUCUGGGAAGCUUUCCACUAGAUGUUGGAGCGUGGCUGUGGGGAUUUGUGAUCAUUCAGCUACAAGAGCAUUAGUGAGGUCAGGCGCUGAUGUUGGGAUGUCGAGGAGGUCUGGGGUUCAGUCGGUGUUCCAGUUCAUCCCAAAGGUGUUCAGUGGGGUUGAGGUCAGGGCUCUGUGCAGGACACUCGAGUUCUUCCACUCCAACCUUCACACACCAUGUCUUCAUGGAGCUCGCUUUGUGCACAGGGGCAUUGUCAUGCUGGAACAGGUUUGAGUCUCUUAGUUCCAGUGAAGGGAAACUGUAAAGCUACAGCACACAGAGACGUUCCAUACAAUUGUGUGUAAUAGUUUGAGGAAUAACCACAUAUGGGUGUGAUGGUCAGGGGUGCACAUACUUUUGGCCUUAUGUGUUCUGUGUAAAUGUACAAUUGAGAAUUUAACAGUUAUGUACACUAUUCCCCUAAUCCCCUGAAAAUAAAUAAACAUCUUGAAACUGGGUUUUUCACUAAGGGCCGUAAUCAAAGAUGGCGACUUAAGACUCGUAUUUGGACUCGGGUUACGCGCGUACUUAAGUGAAUUUUUUGAGCUCCACAUUCAGAUUAUUAAAAUCACCAGCGUGUACUUUACACCUCUGAGGUUGCCAGAUUUUUCUUGAGUAUAAGUGUCCAAGAAGGGGUUUUUAAACAGUGUCUACACUUCAAUUCAAUUCAUUUUUAUUUGUAUAGCGCUUUUUACAAAGGUCAUUGUCUCAAAGCAGCUUUACACAAACAAAAGUAAAGUGAAGUGUGUGUGUGUGACGUCUCUGAUGAGCAAGCAGGGCGACGGUGGCAAGGAAAAACUCCCUGAGAUGGUGAUAGGAAGAAACCUUGAGAGGAACCAGGCUCAACAGAGAACCCAUCCUCAUAUGGAUUUACACUGUAGUGUGCGUGUGUGUGAGCACAAUGUGUGUUGGUGUAGUCCAUGGAAAACAGCUGAAGCGUUUUCGUGGCAGUAUGAAGCAUACACCACUGCCUUUAAACACAAGCUGGGAUUUGCAUGUGCAGGGCGGAAUUAGACCAAAACAGAGGAUUGUCUUAGUUAAGCACAAUUCUGACCUUGGACUCAAGAACAAUUUUCUUGAUCACAAGGUAUAAUAUAGUCAGAGUAAUUCAUUAAUCAGGAAUGCUCUUUGCUCUUUCACACCCACUUGAAUGAACUUAUUUGGCUUAUGGGAUCAUGUCUACGGCAUGUCUGCAUUUUUCAUUUCGUUUGACUACUGAAUAAUGUGCUUACUUUGCAAGUGAAUUGAUUUGUGGGCUGUUCAUGUAAUAAGUUUAUCCAUUAUAAAUUUGUGCUUAUGUAAUUUGCAUUUUGUAAUGUAUUUUUUAGAGAAAAAUAUAAAGUACUUUACCGAA